AUGGCAGUGUAUACCUUCGGUUCAAACCUUUUAUCGCAGUUAGGCACGGGUGAGGAACCGGGACAUUCCUCAAAACCAUUAGAACUCGCUUUAUUCUCCGAAAUGAAGGUUGACAAGGUGUGCUGUGGUAGUUUGCACACCUUGAUCCUCAGCGAGGGCAUAAUUUAUUCGUUCGGUUGCAAUGAUGAAUUUGCACUGGGCCGUGACGGGGAUGAGAACGUACCACUGCGCAUAGAAGUGCCUGAACCGGUCAUUCACAUCGGUGCAGGACAGUCUUCCAGUUUUUGCGUUGGAAAAAGUGGCAAGCUGUACGGAUGGGGCACAUUCAGGGACAAGAGCGGAGUUAUAGGAUUUAGAGCGAACAAAAAGUUUCAGAAGGCACCUGUAGUACUGCACAGAGGACCUGUCAAGCUUUUGGCGGUCGGCAGUAAUCACAUUCUUUACAGCGUGAGGGGAGAGGUGUAUGCGCUUGGAGCUAAUGAGUUUGGCGAGAAGGGAGUUUAUAAGCGUAGGAGGAUGGGAAGAAGCAGCGAACUUGGACCUGUGUUGGUUGCUAACAGGCGGUCAAGGUACUCCAAGUGCUCGAAGAUGUUUUGCGGCACGAGCACGUCUUUUAUGGUGAGUGAAAAGGGGGAAGCGUUCGCGUUCGGCCAGAACGGCAACGGGCAGCUCGGACUGGGCGAUAAAAUGAGCGGAAUAAGCAAAAGAACUGUGCCUCUUGAACACAUACAUGGCAUAUCAGGCGGUGAGGUGCACACGCUCUUCACCACCAAGGAUAAGAAGUUGUAUGCGGCAGGUCAUAACAUGUUUGGACAGCUUGGAACAAAGGAUAACGCAGAUAGGGACAGCUUAACACACAUUGACCUGGCGAACGUGAGGAUGGCGAGGACAAAAGGCUUUUUUUCGGUCGCAUACACCGAUGACGGGAUGUACAGCUGGGGAUUCAAUUCGCACGGUGAGUGUGGCUAUGCAGGCCAGGACAGCAAUGCCCCGAAGAAGAUGGAGAUAGACUUUGAAGAAAUUGUGAGUUUUGAUGUUGGACACGAUUUCUGUGUGGUGGUUACGAAGUGAGAGACGUGUGAAAGCAAUUUAAUAAAAACGCUCUGUGACCAA